UUUUGAUCCACGCGGGGCUCCUGCGCCUGCACUCGGCACUUGGCGGAGAGACGCGCAGGGCAGGCAGUGGUGUACUGCUGCUGCUGCUGCUGCUGAUACCGCGGAGCUCACUUCAUCACAGUCCUCCUCCAGUCACGCUGAAGCAGUCUGGGAUUCCUUUAGUGCUCGGUCGGGGAUGCGCAUCUGGACCUGAGAGUGUCCCGGGGACAAUUACGCGUCGAGGCGCUCCGCUGUACCUCUCCCUGCCCCCACAGAGGAAAUAAUCACACCGGGUUGAGGACAGUUUGGCUAUUUUUCACAGAAUGGCAGGCGCAGAGUGCCUUCUGAAAACGCCGAGUAACUUCCAGUCGACUGCCAUGUUUGAGGGCUCAGAGGCGGUCGAGGUGGAGGGAGGCAGCAUGGAGAGCACCAUGGGCUCGUCCAUCAGCGCUUGCAAGAAGGUGCUGUGCAGUAACAGUGUGCUGGACUCGUCGGAGUACUGGCUGAGGAAUGAGAAGGCUCUGUGCAGACUGGGCCUGCUGGAGGACGACACCGAGGGCAGCUGCACCAUGAUCUGUUUUGUAAAUCUGGACGCUCAGAAAACGGACUAUCGAGAUGACAAAAGCAUCAAGAAAUUGGCAUCGGUGUCUCCAGACCUGCCAAAGCUCGUCGAAUUGCUGAAUGUCCACCAGCCGAAAGAAAAUGAGAUCCUACUGCUCGGUGGCCUAGAAGCCCCAGAUACUUGCCAAACCCACCCACUCUCCCCCUCUCAGGGCGGGCAGCAGCAGCAGAGAAGUACAGGUGUGUGCCUGGUUCAGUGUUCAGGGCAGAGACGCUCCACCCAACCUGGCAACAUCAUCUUUGAGAUCAACAAGUUCCUGAUUGGUCUCCAGUGGGGGAAGGAACGACAGCUUCAGCAGGGCCGAGCAGCCAGGCAGCGGCUUGAUGACGACACCAAUCGCUCCAUCUCGUCCAUAGAAGAAGACUUCCUGACUGCCUCAGAACACCUUGGGGAUGACAGCGAGGACGACGGUUUCAGAAAUGAACCAGAGAGUGGUGACCUGGCAGAGAGCUUGGCGGAGGUUGCACAGAAACACUGUGUCAGACUUGCCUGUCAGAGGGGACAGCUGGCCCAUCAUCAGAGCAGGGAGGAUGGUGAGGUGAAAAGGGAAGGGCAUCGGCAGGCAAGCCUCCAUACUAAGGAAUCAGCUGGUCACUAUGCCACAAAUCUGGCCGAGUCUGUACUGCAAGAUGCCUUCAUACGCCUCUCUCAAGACGAAACCUCUUUUGUCUCUGAGGCUGCUGUCAGUGUGUCCCUGUCUAGUCGUCCUUCCAGCGCUACUGGUCCUUCAAAGACCAAACAGCCUUCCCAGCAGCGCACCUGCUCUUUUGAACUCCCCAAGAUUGUCAUUGUUCAAAGCCCAGACAGUUCUGAUGGGGCUGCAGAAUGGCCAGAGACCCACGUGUCUCAUGUGCCUGACCAGGAUAUCACUGCCAAAGCCAGAGAGAUGCCAGAGAAUGGGACACAGGCUCACGUCCCCCACCACAAUGGUGGAUACCCGUCUAAACACGUAGAGGUGGCUUUGGCCUGUGCAGCCAGUGUCAUUGGCACCAUUACCAACCCACAGCUGACAGAGCAGCUUGCCAUGGAUUCAGCCUCAGAGGAAGACACGGAGGAGGACCUGCAGGAACCAGAGGAGAGAAGUGACUACUCCUUCUCUUCAGCUAUAUGUGGCAUGGCUCAGGUAGCUGGUGCUGUAGCCGCUGUGGAGCUAACAGAGGAGUCAGGGGAGUGUGCUGAUUCUGAUGCCGAUUCUGCUGAAGCCUACACAGCGUCCUGUGGUCUGAUGUCUGCUGCCGAAGCCUCUGCAGCCAUCACGCUGCACUGCAGUGUGGCAGAAGGUACCAGUGUUGAAGCAUUUCGUGCCAACAUUGCAGAGGUGCUACACAGGGAAGCAGCUGAGGUGCUGACUCAGCCGCAAGGCUACAGGAGUGUAGCCCACCUGCUGGAGGCAACUCAUAACAAGAUAGUAGAUGGCAUUACUUGUCCAAAAAAGUCCUACAUGGAUGAAAGAGAGGUGGAUGACCUAAUAAAUGAGGUGGCAGACAGCCUAUUCAAGCAUGCUUUAGAGAAAGCAAAAAAGAAAAAAGAACUGGAGGGUACUGGAAAAGAUACUCCAGGACUUCAAGUGUUUCUGCAGGACAGUGUUAACACUUUGCUGUUUGAUAUCCUUUGUCUGACACAAAAGAAAAUCAGUCACAUCUCUCAGUGUGACCAAGGGUCAUUUGAGACUCAAGAGGGUGAUACUUGUGCUAGGGAGCCUGCUACCACCAAGGAGAGCAAGGAUCCAUUAAGUCAGUUACAGUGCUUAGUCGGCCAUGGUCAGUCCACUAAUAGUGAGAGCCACAGCGGCAUACUACACUGCACUAAUAAGCUUACCAUGGCUCCUGGGCUGAAGGAGAAAUAUGCGCUUGAGGAAAGUGAUCUCAUUGCAUCUUCCUCCACAGCACACAGCAGAGAGCAAAGACAAAGUCAGUCUAAAUCCACCUCCUUGCCUGCCAAAGACUACUCUGACCACCAGCAGAUCCAGCAGGGCAGUGGUGCCAUCAGAGAACCCUUGAGUGAAAUCCAAGUUCAUAGCACAGACAGGAGGGGGCGAUUAGUGACCGGCAGUGACAGCAGACAGGCCUCCCUCACACCCCAGUCCUCCCUAAACUCAUGCAGUUCUCUGCUUUCUUGGAGAAUGGAUUCAGAGUCCAGGACACCGAUUACUUGCUAUGCUGACGAUUUGGCUGCUACAGUGGUAUCUAUGGCCACAGAAUUGGCAGCUAUCUGCCUGGAAAACAACACUGGGAAACAACCCUGGUUCUGUUCCCUAAAAGGGACGUCUGCUGAAGGGCCAGAAGCCUACUUGCUCCCUGCUUGCCGCACAGUCCUCAGGAGGAAAGAGGCUCAGGCCAGCAGUGCUGCCUCUAAGAAACACCGUGCCCCACGCCUCAGUGAGAUUAAGAGGAAAACUGAGGAGCAACCAGAAUUGAUGGAGCGGCUGGUGAACCGGGUGGUGGACGAAUCUGUAAACCUAGAUGAGCCGCAGGACCCAUUUGCCCUUUUUGCCUCUGAAGUCACGGCCAGGAUCAUGAACUGCCCUGAGCUUAAUGUGGUGGAUACCUCCAAAACAGGCCAACCACGAAGCAGGUUGCAGUGUGAGAGGUGGAGCCGUGGGAAAGCAUCUAGUUAUGAGAGCAUUCCAGAAGAAGAUCCAGACCCCUCAGGCACACCCAACACACUGGGCCUCGGCAGUCGGUUAGGUCAGAACUUGAGCCGUGGUAGCUCAAUCUCUAAGCAGUCCAGCUGUGAGAGCAUCACAGACGAGUUCUCACGGUUCAUGGUAAACCAGAUGGAGACAGAGGGCAGGGGCUUUGACCUUCUGCUAGACUACUACGCAGGAAAAAAUGCCAGCAGCAUUCUGACUGCAGCUGUACAACAGGCUGCAUCAAAGAAGAAUGGUCACCUUAAUGUCAGGGCCUCAUCCUGCUUGUCCAAACAGUCUAGUACGGAGAGCAUCACAGAGGAGUUCUACAGGUUUAUGCUUCAGGACAUGGACAAGGAAAACAGAGAGUAUGGCAUCGCCAAGACUAAAGAGUGGAGCAACAGCCUGUUCCCCCCUUCUCCAAGAACACCCUUCUGUAUACGACAGUCCUCUGUCCCAGACCGGCGCUCCUCAGACUCUCGACUGACUGUCAACUCACCCAUUAAAGCCAACUCUUUUGACGGAUUUGCCCGCAAUGUGCAUGGAGACACGCUGAAUAUCUUCCCCACCAACUCAGUGUCAGCCACAGGACUGUGUAAGUCAGACUCCUGUCUCUAUCAAAGAGGCAAGACUGACCAAAUUACUGAUAUGCUGAUUCAUGAGACCUGGUCAAGCUCCAUUGAGUCUUUGAUGAGAAAGAACAAGAUCAUUGCCGAUCCAGAGGACAGUAUUGAGCUGGAGGCUGCAGGAGACUCCCAGCCCCAUGUGCAGCAGUUUGCCAAUCGUCUGGCAGCUGACAUUGUAGAUAUUGGCAAGUCUGCUUUGGGGGGCCAGCAAGAUGUAACUGGGGGUGCAUCUGGGUCGCUCCCACAGCCGCACAUGCCUGUUGGUGAAAGAAGGAGGGGGUUCAAGCAAUCACAUCUAAGCUGUAGUCGGAGUAGGUCGAGCCAGGAGCAAACUGGUAUUGGAAUAGGGUCUGGUGACAGCAGUGCACCCUGCAUGAGGGGCCCCAGAGAUGUGCCACUGAUCCACAUCGAGGGAGAUCAGAGAGAAGAAGAGACUCAUUUAAGGACAGGAGGAGGACCUCAGGAAACAACCCCAGAAAUGUCAGCUACCAAGCGUACAGAGAGAACUACAGCCAACUGCAGCAGCAGUGAGAGGGACAGGCCAGCUGUGGCGGUGGCUGCAGUAGUGAAGAGCGACAAGCGUUCUAUGAGUGCUAGCAGUGAAGAGAGCAUGGGGAGCUGGUCCCAUAUAACCCCCGAGGAUGACCCCCACGAGGAGACCAGUAGUUUUAUCCAGCUGAGCGAGGGGAACGGAACCAGCAGCGCAUCCAGCGUAGGCCUGGCAGACCUGGAUGCUUUUUCUGACAUGCCCACUCAGAGCACAGUAAUCAGUGAGGAGACAGAAAAAGAGCAUCAAGCAGGAACAAAGGAAAAUGUCUUCGAGAGCAGUUCGGCAAGGACGGCAGGUGGCAGUAGCAACCUCAGGGUGCUGUUGGUGGUCAACUGUGACCUUGAGCCUGAGUGUGUGGACUCAGAGCUGAGAGUGGCCCUGCAGUGGAUCGCUGCCUCCGAGCUGGGGCUUCCUGCGCUCUACUUCAGGAAGUCCAAAGAGAAGAGGAUUGCAAAGUUCCAGAGGGUGGUCCACCUGAUGUCUCAGAAGGCGUGGCGGAUUGCAGACUUGUUCAGCGCUGUGGUCCAGUUCUGUAAGCUUCAUGAGAAAGAGGAAGAGGAGGGCCGCUCUCUGUCCAGCCUGUUCGAUUGGCUGCUGGAGACCCUGUAGGGCCCUGUAGCCUCCUCAUAUUGCAAACAAAAAGACACUCCUCACUCUGUCACACUUCUAACAUGUUCCUGUUUGCCUGAUCUUGUCUCAUCACACCAAGUGUCUCCUACUGCAAGCUGAGAGCACAAUGCGAUCAGCAUACUUGAGAAUUUCAUACACCUCAGUCUGUCCAUGGACGUUGUGUUUGUCUGCUCACAGCCAUGAAUGGACCAGUCUCCCUUUAAUAAAAGCAUGUUUUUGUUUUCAGAUUCACGUCUCUAGUGAGACACAAACACAGAGCUAGACAUUCCUGAUGGGAAUGAACUAGCCUUCAAGAGAUUAUAGUCGGCAGGUUUUAACUGCUCCAGAAUAUAUAAUUAUACAUAUAUAUAUUUACAGAAUCUCACAAAGAAAUAAUGUGUUUAUUUAUUUAUUUUAAAUGAAUACAUGUGAAGCAAAGAACCAAUAGAAGAUAGGAAAAUCAGGUUAAAUCCUUCCCACAACUCAACAUGCUCAGAACUUUUGUAUCAAAACUAUCUUGUAAAAGAGGCUGUUGAAACUGAAGCCCAGAAAAAAACUCUUUCACUUUCUUCUGAUAGCCACUUAGAAGUGCACAUUUGCUUAAGGUAAGCAAAGCGCCCAUCUCUUUGUUGUGUUCAUCGGCCAACAUACCACCUCUGUCGUGACCUUGAAAUUCAGUUUUAAAUACGUAUGUUAUCUCGUUCAUGUUACUUGAGAACUGAUUAUUUUGGAUAGCUGUACUGUAUAUACUGUAGAUUUGGAACUGCUGCACCUUGGAGUAGUGGACUGCUCUCUUUAGCUUUUACUAUGUCAGGAAGACAGAGUAAGGUUUGUAAUGUUGAAUUUGUACGUGAAUUUGGUCUGUUUAUUUCUAUACUUAGUGGUACUCUAGUGUUACAUCAGCAUUGGGAAAAAAAAGCACACGAUUCAGCUGUAAACUCUGUCACAAUAGAACUGAAUGUAUUUAUCUUUUGACAUCAAUAAAUUUCUGUGAUGUGAAAUA